GGCCAUUCUUACAGUGCUAGUGUGGCAGGACAUUCUUACACUACUAGUGUGGCAGGCCAUUCUUACACUGUUAGUGUGGCUAGCCAUUCUUACACUAUGGUAGGUCAUUCUUACACUGCUAGUAUGGCAGGACAUUCUUACAUUUCUAGUCUGGCAGGCCAUUCUUUCACUGCUAGUGUGGAAGGACACUCUUACACUGCUAGUGUGGCAGGCCAUUCUUACACUGUUAGUGUGUCAGGCCAUUCUUACACUGCUAGUGUGGCAGGCCAUUCUUACACUGCUAGUGUGGCAAGUCAUUCUUACACUGUUAGUGUGGCAGACCAUUCUUACACUGUUAGUGUGACAGGCCAUUCUUACACUGCUAUUGUGGCAGGCCAUUCUUAC